AUUCAUCCAUCUACCCAUCUUUUUUUUCUUUUUUUUCUUCAAAACUCUUAAUUGAAUCAUUAUAUCUUAAUUUGAGGAAUUUUUCUUUUAUUUCUCUCCCCUCACUUUCUUCUUCCUCUCUCCUGCAUGCAUUUACUUUAUCUCACCAUUGUCGUACAUACAUACAUCCUUCCUCCUCCGUAGAUACUCUCCUUUUCUACAUCCCCCGUCCCAUCACAUCUCAUCUCAUCUCAUCUCAUCGUAUAUCUCCAACAGAGAAAUCUACAUAAAAAUUCGACACUCGUUUGUGCAUGCAACUUUCUCGUACAAUACAACAUCGUCAUUUCUACUGUAUAUCGUAGUUAAUUAAUUUGCGACAAUCCCGGAGAGAGCCCAUCUUACCACCACCUUCACAUUUAAUUUAUACGAAUUUUAAGGAAUUACAAUACUUCGUACUUUGUACUUUGUACCUUCAAAUCAAACUCAAUCGCUUUCUCCUCUCUACAGACUGAUUUGAUUCCUACGAAAAAGAAAGAAUUCCCACUGUCGUUUAAUUCUCAAAGAUUGUGAAACGGGAAAAGAUUUACGACCUUACCUCCUCCUCCUCCUCCUCCUCCUCCUCACCUUACCUCACCUACCCAGUUUUGAGAAAACAUAUUCAUUUUUUAUAUUUUAUUUUAUUUUAUUUUAUUUUUUCUUUCAAAUUUAGUCAGCCUCAUCAAUCAGUCAACCCGCUGCAGGUCAGAGAACGGGCGACUUGAUGACAUUCGUUUGUUUUCCGCUAUCUUCAUUGUAGGAAUUGCAAUGUUCACUUAAAUUCUUCGACAUAUAUCUGCUCUCCGCAGUGUUGCGGCAAUGCAUGGUUCUACCUUGACAAUGCCUUCGAUCUUCGAAUCGAACCCCCCUUUCCCUCGUUCUCACUCUUCCUCCAAUAUUCCUGAUUUAGUCAACAUUGACUACAAAAAUUCAUCCAUCCACAACGACACAGAACUUCCACGAUCUGCGAGUUUCAGUACUUUACCAACCAUUGAAGAUCCGAGUACCGAUUAUGAUGAAGGGGGCUUACACAGACUAAACUCUGCCGCCAGCACCCCAUCUUUUCCUGCACCCCAAAUAGUAACACCGUCGCCGAAAUCAAGUUCAAUUCGAGAAGGGAAAACGAGUAAUCGACUUACGAAGGAGGAGAAGCCGAAAAAUGGGAGGUCUGGGAGGAGAAAAUCACUGGUGGCACGUCCAAAGUCUUGGAUUCAAAAAGUCAAAGGAUCUCCUGAGGGAAGCUCAGCUCCUGAAUAUGCCAACUCAACAUCAGAUGAAGCACUUCCAGUGUCGCAGGCUUCUAAAGCUUCCCGCGAAAAGACAAAGUCUGUAUCAGAAACGUUUGCUACGUUUGCACGCAAGUCUUGGAUCUCGUCAUCCUCAAGAUCGCCAUCUCCAAAUAGUCGAAAAUCAGGAAAACAGAUUGAGGAGGAUGGAAGGAAUGAAGGUCCAUUAAAGACGGCGGCUACGAUGCUUGCUGCUCCUUCGGCCAUCGCCGCGAAAUUUGACCACACAGUUGAGGAUACCGACAGUCCUUCCAAACCACCUCAAGUGAAAAGGAAUUCUACCCUUCGAAAGAUCAGGCAGCGGCCGCAGAGUAUCUUGGGGAAUUUUACAAGCCUCAAUUCCGUUAAUUCAUCCACCAGUAGUCUACCAGGUAGCUCAGUAGACAACAGGUCGACUCCAAGGACUUCAACUGAUAAGGUCCCGCCAUUACCGUCGGAUUUCUCGACUGAAAAGCUUCUCAGCGUUGAGACACCACGAAAACGCGACGAACUAUGGCAGACUUUUCGAGGGUUGGAAAACGACUACACAAAGUUUCAAUCCAAAUCACUAUCUUUAAAAACCAACGUCGUUCGCUCUACAUUAUUGCCAUUCCUUCGAAACAAUGCCAAUCAUCCUUCCAACAGAUGUCUGCGGCCUGAAGAUAUUGAUAGAAGAAUCAAUAUAUUUAAUAAGUGGUGGGUGGGACUUCUGGAAGUACUGGAUGGGCGUGCAAACCAGAUCGUCUCUGGCGUAGAUCGUCCGGUUUUGCUUGAAGCUAUUGUGAUGAUUAUGACAAGGCCAGAGUGGAGGCUUGGUCCAUCGCAAUUCUCACCCCUUUCGGAAAGAUCUCCAAGCCGAUCUCCCGAACGUACUGAGCGCACUUCCAUACGAGGGAGAAAAUCAUCGAGCUCGUUGAACUCGUCGGGAUCACAAUUCCUGGCCGAGUCUGUUUAUCACAAUGUUAGGAAUUUGUUCAUACAAAAUCUAACAUCUCAGAUGCAUUUUGUUGUUGCAAAAAUGUCACUCAGACAUGCUCCUGCAAGUUUGGUCACAUUUUGUGGAAAGGCUGUGGCCUAUGCUUUCUUUUUUGUGCCUGGCAUUGCAGAAAUUCUGGUUCGAAUUUGGAAGAUACCGACUGACAUAUUAAAACGUGUUGUCGACGAGUUAGGUUUACCAAAGCGACCUAACAAAACAGAAACUGAAGAAGUUGCUGCCGCAUUUCCACCACAUGUUCGAGCAUUGGGUUGGACGUCAGUGAUGACAAUGAUCAAUCAGCUUCGGGAACACCCUGCCUUGUCCAUUCUAAUUUCUAAGAUACCUUGGUACGGUCCGUGGACUGCUCGAUGGUGUGGACGAGAUAGUGAUCUUUUCUAUGUGUUUGCGAAGCAUUAUCAUAUUUUGGCUGAGGAAUUUUUACCUUUAGACCUUUCAUUUGCAAUCAAAGCACGUGCGCCAGGAUUUGUCCUAGUUCAAGCACAGAUUUUGACAGCUCUGGAUGCUACAAUUCAUCGUCAACCAGCCAGUGAACCAUUUCCAAUCACCUUCGAUGACGUACUUGCAGGUGCUGAUGCCUCCGCGGCUGCAUUGCCUCUGCCUUCAACCAAUUCUGCUAGGCUAAUGGCCGAGAAUCGCUUGAUUAUGCUUCUUCGAGACUUCCUUUCCGAACGACCUGCCGAUUUCGAGCCCGCUCGUAUGACUUUUGCGAAUGCUUUCGGUAAGAUGAUGCAAGCUUCGGCAAAAAGAACUUCUUUGUAUGACCACAAUGCAUGUUUCGUUUUGUGCGAUUUCAUGGAUGAAGCACUUUCAUUGUUUGUUCGAUUCCACCAUGCUCACGAAUUCGAAGACGAUUUUAUUGAUUGGCAUUUUUGGUUCGAUGUGUGCAGGAAGAUGCUGGAGAGUCAAAAUAGCAUGUCGGAAAUCCGCGUGUUUGCUUUCCUCUACUCUGCUUGGAAUCUUGUCACAAAUGAUGAGUCUCGAAAAGAGAUACUAUGUUUGGAGUGGUUAUUGACCGAGGAAACCUUCGAUAAGUUCUUUAAUCAUUGGUGUCCUAUGGUUCGGGCAUACUAUAUGCGCCUUUUAUGUUGGCGCUUAUGUCGAGAGGAUGGGGAGGCUUCUGAACUUGACACGUGAGUUAUUAUUGAUUUAUUUUAAAACACAGUAACUAAUCAAAACACAGAAAAAUCUUUGGCAUUGUUUGCUCCCGAAUUAAGGGUACCUGGGCAAAUUAUCUCUUUCUCAAACAAACCGCGGAGAGUUCAGAUCUCCUUCCUCCUUCCACCACACCCUGCCUUCCAGCACCUGGGCGACGACUACUUAUCAUCCGUAAUGAUACACAAAUGCCUGCGCCAAGCCUUUUCCUUGGAUUCGAUGGCUUAAUGACAACUAACAAUCCUUCCAAUUUGCCUCGGAAGCCAGUCAACGCAUACAAAAGACAUUCUCUUCUAGGUGAUUUAACACAACUGGAAAGCAAAGAAAAUGAAACUCCAAAAUUGCCUAGCGAAGCGCCAACUCCAAGCAAGAGACGAUGGACAUUUAUGGGCAGAAUAAUCCCAUCUUUAUCUCCUUCACCUGAGACGACUUCUCCUUCCACAGCUGUCAAAGCUGGAACUGAAAAGAAAGCACUUGAGGAAGCAAGAAAAGCUACAUCUGUGGCAAGAACCAGACCCACCCUUAACUCAAAAAAUUCAAGUGACAGUGAAACUCCUCCAGCUACGGCCUCUUAUCGCGCCUAUAGCUUCAAAUUUUCUUUGGAAUGGGCCCAGAAUUUUGAAAAAGUGCACUCGAUCCUUCACACUGGUAGCGCCCCAAAAGGACCAACUGGUUCCAAUAGUGCAAAUGAAAGAAAACUCACACCACCACGUCUUCCUGCUCCAGCGCAUGCGUGGCUUGCCGCUCGGGUUCCAGGAAUGAGCAAUGAAGUAUCACCCCAGGAUCCAAAAGUUAUAGGAAUAGAUAGAUUCACGCGAUCUAAAUAUGCUGGAAGGGCAUUAGCGGAAUGGGGAUUGAUUGUGGGGGAAUGCAAUAAUUUUGUCGAUAGGAGAAGAACGGAGGGAGUACCGAACUUAAAGUGGGUGGAGGUUCCUACUUUGGGGGUGGAGGGAUUUAGGAAAUUCGCUGAGUAAGAGACAUUGCAGUGAGCAGCGGUGGUAUGGCGUGCGGAGUAUGCUUGGAUUUGAAUGGAUUGGAAUAUAAAGGGCGGAGCAUCAUAGGAUAAAUGAGCAUUUUUGUACAGGAAGCAGAUGGGAACGGGAAAGUCGCAUUUCAGAAACAAUUGGAGUAGAGAGGUAAUUUAUCUAGUUGGGUGGGGCGGAUACAUGAGAUGCAUGGAUCAUGAGUACUACUUUUACAGAUACUCGACUUAACAUUCUUGCCUUUGAAAUUUAUUGGGGUUGAAUUGCAUUGGAUUGAAAUGGAUGGGAAUGGAUGGAUUGGAUUGGAUUUGAUUGGAUGGAAAUGGAAUGGAAUAACACUCCUUCUUAGCGUAUAUGAAAUACAUCUUAGAUACCUGCACAUCUGCAUACCUGGAUAGAAAAUGGGUACUGAGUUUUUUGGGGUUUUUUAAUAGAACUUUUUUGUUGUUUUUAUUAUAAUUGUGAAUACUU